AUGAGGAGAUUCAAUGAUAAAUACGGGCUCAAACCAGGAGCGGGACUCGUCGCUUCCUUACCGGUCACGAAGGAGGAUAUAGUUCUUUACAGGAUCGUAAGCAACUAUGAACAUCACGUUCCAGUCGAUACGGUGGAUGACCUUAUGGAGGAGCUUGAGGAAGUUUUUGGGAAACACAGGAAAUGGUAUAUCAGUGAUGACAACGAGUCAUUCUCGAAAGAUUACAAGAUCAGGCUUCCUCGUAGUAAAGAUACUGAGGUGUCUAUGUCCGAGGAGUGGGCUGAAGAAUGA